AUGUCGGCACCUAGGCAGCGAGAAGCCCAGCAGCAGCGCCUGGGGCUGUGGGACGCUGUCUUCAGCGGCGAUGUGAAGACCGCCGCCGCUGCGGUGGCGGCGCUGGCGGCGAGCCGAGCGGCACCGCCGGGCCCUUCCCACGUGGCUGCGCUGCUAGGCCUGGCUCAGCCAGGGAGUCCAACGGUCGUCUUGCUCCCCACCCUCACCCUGCUGUCACGGUGGGCCAGGCAGCAGAGCCUGCAGCCCGCCGCCGCACGUCAACCAGACUUGCUGCAUGGCGCGGCAGCAGCAGCACAGGACUUGCUGGCCAACAGGCUGGCUGCAGCAUCAGCAGAGCAGGCACGUGUGGCGGCGGCCUGCCUGCUGCUUCUGGGCAGCGUGGGACCAGCAGCGACAGAGGAGGGCGAGGCGGAGGCGCUGGCACAUGCUGUGGGGGCCGCGCUGGUGGGUGGACGCCUGGUGAAGCCCGAGGCUGCGACAGCUGCCGAUGCCAUGGCUGCGGUGGGCAGCCUGCUGCCCUGCCUACUGGGCAAGCCUGCGGCGGCAUGCCGGCUGCUGUCGGCGCUGCUGCAGUGGCUGGGUGACUGGGCGCCCGCUGAAACGGGCUGCCUGGCUGUGGACUGCCUGGCGCCAGCAUAUGGCAUGAUGCGAGGAGCAGCAACAGCAGUGCUGGGCCGCACCCAGCCAGCAGCGGCGGUCUCUGGGCUGCUGCGCCCGGCAUACGCCGUCCUCAAGUCUGCGGCAACUGCUGUUGCGGACAACGCCGGCGGGCAGGUGCUACAGCAGCCCGUGGUGACACAGGCAUCCGUGGCAACUUUGGCAGCCGGCGGCUUGGUCGAGGCUCUGCUGCGGUCGGCAGCUGGGUUUCCAGAGGCAGCAGCGCUAGCAGCCGAGGCGGAGGCGUGCAUUGUGGAGACCUGCAGUGCGGCAGCAGCUGCUGAGUCGCUGGCAGAGUCAGCGCUGCUGCGGGAUGCAUGCUCGCUAGCCGCGGCCCAGCUGGUGGGUGCGGUACGGCGACCCGCGCUGCUGGCAUCGCCGGGGAUUGUGCGGUGCCAGGCGCAAUCCCUGCUGCACAGCGCGCUCAGCCUGGCGCCACUGUGCCAUGCGGCGGAGGUGCAGCUGCCACCCUCACAAGCCAGCCAGCUGGUGCAACGCCAGCUGGGCUGUGGGCUGGUGCAGCAUGCAGGCGGCAUGGCCAGUGGACUGUCAGCGCAGCUCGGGCAGAUGGAUGCCGGCAUGUUGCAGUGGGUGGUGCAGCAGGUGCAGGCAGCUGCACGGCAGGCGCAUCAGCACUACCGCGGGUACUCGCUGGUCCCGCCGCAGGGCUGGCUGGCAGCCAUCGACGCCGCUGCUGUGCGGCUGCUGCUGGACAAGCUCUUCCUCACCUGCCUGGUACUGCUAGUAGCUGCGCUGGAGGCUGGGCCGGUGCCCAGUGCAGCCAAUGCGGCACCGGCGGCCACUGCAGGCCGAGCACAGCGAGCGGGGGCUGCAGCGGUCGUGUUGGCAGACCUGCAGUUCUGCCGCCUCAGCUUCCCACCCCAAUAUGCCGUCCUGCUGAAGGCCGCCCUGGCCGAGCUGCCCGAUAACCCGGCUGCUGCAGCCAGCCUGGCGGCCUGCCUUCCAUGCUACGCUGAGCUGGCAGGACCAUGCGCCACCCGUGGCAGACAGGCAGCCUGGCUGGUGGAUGGUGCGGCAGCGGCCAAGGUUCAGUUCGUGAUGAGCGUGCUGACCUCCUGCUGCCCCGUGCUUCCCCGGAGCAAGCUGGAGGAGCGGCUCGCCCCUGUGGCCUUUUUGUACCUGCUGCAUCCGCACCCCGCCACGGCCACCUCGGCGCACAACCUGCUCUGCGCGCUGCUGAUGGCGGCUGCCGAGGAGCGGCGGCCUCCGCUGGCUGCCUACUAUGUGCAGCGCAGCCUGGAGGGCUGCCCAGGCGCCACGCCGCUACCACAGCUGGCGCAAGGGCUGGCCACUGUCAUGGAGGCGCUGCCGGUGCGCAGCCCCGUGGCGCUGCUGUGCCUGCAGCAGGUGCUGGACAAGUGCUGGGAGCUGGCGGCAUGGGGCGAUCCCAGCGCGCCUGAGCUGGCAGCGAUAGCGGCCCAGCAGCUGCUCAUCAUCGACCACCUGCUGCUGGAUGAAGCGAUGGCAGCCUUUGACCGCCUGCUGCACCCAGCUCGCAGCCUUGGAGCAACAGCUGGGACGACAGCGUCACCUCUGCCUUCUGCAGCACCAGCCGCUGCGGUGCUGCGGCGAGAGGUGCUGGCGGCUGUGCGACGCUCCGACGACUGCCUGCGCAAGCCGGUGCUGGCCAGCUGGCUGCUAUCAGCAAGCGCCAAUUUGUAG